AUGGGCAUCGCGGAAAACUACGAUGACGUUCUGAAGGGCAAGUACCCGGCCAAGGUCCACGCGAGGAAGGUCGCAAAGUGGAUUGUCGACAAGGGCGGCGACAAGAAUGGAACCAUCUACCUCGAGGCGCAGAAGCAGAAGUUGAACGAGGACAACGAUGGAGAGGCCCCGUUCAGACAACGACGCUACUUCUACUACCUCAGUGGAUGCGAGCUGCCAGACUCGUACCUCACCUACGAGAUUAGCACCGAUAAGCUUACCCUUUUCAUCCCUGGGGUUGAGCCUGAUGAGGUCAUCUGGUCCGGACUCCCCAUGAGCCCUGAGGAGGCCAAGGCAAAGUAUGAUAUCGACGACUGCAAGACCACAGCCGACGUCAACUCCCACCUGGCGAGCUCCACCGAUACGUCGCAGUCGACCAUCUACGCCAUUCCAGAACAGAUCUCAGACCACAUCACCUUCCUCAACUUCAAGCACAAAGAGCUGAAAGAGCUCAAGCCUGCGAUUGAAUACUGCCGUGUCACCAAGACCGACUAUGAAAUCGCGCUCAUCCGCAAGGCCAAUGCCAUUUCAACGGUGGCGCAUGUCAACGUCAUGAAGGCCGCUGCCAAGGCUCAAAACGAGUGCGAGCUCGAAGCUGUCUUCUUGAAGUCUUGCGUCGAGCGCAAUGCAAAGAACCAGGCAUACCACUCCAUCGUGGCAGCUGGCGAGAAUGGCGCAACGCUACACUACGUCAAGAACGCCGCGCCUAUCAGCAAGCAAAACCUGUUGCUUUUGGAUGCUGGAUGCGAGGUGGACUGCUACGCAUCUGACAUCACCCGCACCUUUCCCAUCAAGGGUCACUUCAACGAGGAGAGUCGUGCAAUCUACGACGUUGUUCUCGACAUGCAGAAGCAGUGCAUCGACGCGCUCAAGGCUGGCGCCGUCUGGGAUUCUAUCCACGAGCUCGCCCACAAAAUCGCUAUUGCCGGUCUUCUCAAGCUGGGCAUCCUCAAAGGCGAUGCAGAUGACAUCUUCCGCGCGCGGAUCAGCGUCGCUUUCUUCCCCCACGGCCUGGGCCACUACCUUGGUAUGGACACACACGACACCGGUGGCAAUGCCAACUACGCAGACAAGGACAGCAUGUUCCGCUACCUGAGGGUGAGGGGAACGCUGCCUGCAAGGAGCGUGAUUACCGUUGAGCCGGGCAUCUACUUCUGCAAGUUCAUCAUCGAGCCAUACCUGCAGAACGAGGAGCAGAAUAAGUACAUCGACGAAAAGGUACUCGAGAAGUACUGGAGUGUCGGUGGUGUGAGGAUUGAAGACAACCUACUCGUUACUGAGAACGGCAGCGAGAACUUGACCCCUACACCAAAAGAGGUUGAUGACAUCGCCCAGCUCAUCAAGGCUGGUCAAUAG